ACACACCGCUGAGAGAGAGAGGAAGAUGAAGCACCGCUGAGAGGGAGAGGAAGACAACACGAAAGAACGCAGGAGAAAAAGAGAGGGAGAGAGAGAGAGGGAGAGAGAGAGAGGGAGAGAGAGAGAGGGAGAGAGAGAGAGGGAGAGAGAGAGAGGGAGAGAGGUAUAUAAGGAGCAGCAGGGUGCAGUGACUGCUGUGUCGCGCUGUUCCGAGGAAAACCCCAGAAGCUUGCUCUGAGCCACAACGUAGCCUGUCUGACUGAGCCACGGAGGAGAGAGAAGCAACAGCUUACACACACACACACACACACCUAUCUCCAGCUGUUUGCAGCAGGGAAGAGAGGAGGGAAACGAGAGGAGCAGAAACUUCUGUCUGAUUGGUGGACUGUGGUCAGAGGUGGGAGGACCCUGGCGGGAGCGUCUUUCUGAGACGGGGAGGCUAACCUGGAGCUGAAACCACCUGGAUGGGAUUACACUCUUCUACACCGCUCGCUUCUACAAACACUCUUGUCCACGCUAGGAAGGAGAGGAGGGAUGGUGUAUUGAUUGAGAAGGAGUGAGAAAAAGGGAGUGAGAGAAAAAAGAGGGAGUGAGAGAGAAAGAGGGAGUGAGAGAGAAAGAAAGAGAGCGAGAGAGGGAGUCAGAGAGAGAGAAGGAGCUGCUUGUGUAUGAGCGAGAAUGGAUGGGAAAUCUUAAACGCUCGUGAAAUUGACUGCGUGAUUGUGUUAAGCCAAGUGGACAGAAUGCUGACUUCUCUUAAAGCCAUCCCGUGUUCGAAGCAGAUAGGGCCCUGAGAAGAGGAGGGGACCCUGGACAAAGACACGUUCCAUCUGGGAACUGUCAGCCAGCCAUCCAGUCAGGACGGACCAAACAGCGUUUGUUGAACAGAUGAUUGAAAACACCAUGCUCUAUUUGACUUGAAGAACUAAACACACAACCAGAGGAGCUGAAUGUUUGCGCCUACUUAAAAAAUAUCUAUAAUUUUUGAAAGGUGAGUUGUUAGAUUAUUUUUUUUAUUAUCACGGCUUCUCCUCCACGUGAGUCGCAGUCCUAGCAACCGGUCGGACAGAACGGGACGUUGCCGUGGCGUUUAUGGACUCCGUGGAGUAUGGCCGUGGCUUGCAGCAGAGUAAGUCGUCCUGCCAGCGUCAGUUCUCAGCUGUAAACCCUAGAGAGGAAUCUCCACAGUGACACCAUCCAGCUUCAGAGAAACUGAACUCCUGAGGAAGUCACUGUCUUCUGAGCUCUGACUGAUGGAGUUGAAUCAGAUCUCUCUUCUCUCCCCGUGUUGACUGAGGAUCUAAUCACCAACGCUUUACAACCUCACGCAACCCUGCGGAGAUCUGGCUGCACAUCCCCUACCCACAGUCCUCCUCUCGGCGCCAUGGCCCGUGCCGGUGGCAUGCCUGCGCCUCUGGUGUUGAUAGGCUACUUCCUGUUCCUCCCCCUGCUGCGAUUGGCCGAGGCCAGUUGUCCGUCUCCCUGCGUGUGCGCCUCGGACAUCUUGAGCUGCAGCGCGGCUGGUCUGAAGCUCCUCCCCUCCCCGCUGCCUCCCUCCACCGCCACCCUGGACCUCAACCACAACCUGCUGGUCGCCUUGGUGCCCGGUGCCUUCUCCUCCCUGCCCCGCCUCCACACCCUCCGCCUGGCUCACAACCGCCUCAGCAGGCUGGAGCCAAGAACCUUCCAGAACGCCAGCCUGGGUCUCCGGCACCUGGACCUCUCGUCCAAUCAGCUGGAUCUGCUGGAUCGGCACUGGUUCCUGGAGUUGCCAGGGUUACAGGAGCUCCUGCUUUUCAACAACCACAUUGUCAAGGUGGAGAGUCUGGCGUUGGCUGGUCUGGGUAUGCUCAGACAGCUCUAUCUCAGCCACAACUUUCUCACCGAGUUCCCCUUCUCGUCCAUCCAGAAGGACACCCACCCCUACCUGUCCACCCUGGACCUGUCCUCCAAUCAGCUGCUCCAGCUGCCCCUGGACGAGAUCUCCGCCCUGCCUGCCACCCUCCAGAGUGCCCUCUACCUCCACAACAACACGCUGACCUGCGACUGCUCCAUGUACGGCCUGUUCCGCCACUGGGAGCAACAAGACUUCGGCUCGGUGAAAGACUUCCGCAGGGAGCACACCUGCCGGCUGUAUGGGGACCGGCGCGCCUCGGUUCGCUUCCUGGAGCACGGGGGCUCCUUCGGGAACUGCAGCCUGCCCCCCGCCGAGCAGCAGGGGGCGGCAGAGAGCAGCCUGCAGGGGUACGUGGGAGACGCCCUCCUCCUGGACUGCGUGACCCGGCUGAGAGGUCGCGACCUCCACUACCUGUGGGUGCUGCCCCAGCAGGCGUACGUGGCGGCGCCGGGCAACGACAACGGCUCGCUGCGCGUGUUUGCCAACGGCUCCCUGGAGAUCCUGUCGGUGAGGGCUGAGGACUCGGGCGUGUACCUGUGCAUGGUGCAGGACCGGGGCCGCCAGCGCAACGAGACGUGGGAGGUGAACGUGACGGUGGCGCUGCGGGGGCAGGAGGCGGAGCCCUUCAACACGGGCUUCACCACCCUGCUGGGCUGCGUGGUGAGCCUGCUGUUGGUGCUCAUGUACCUCUACCUGACCCCCUGUCGCUGCUGCUGCCGCAAGACCCCCGCCCCGGCCGCCAACACCCCCAGCCCCGGCAACGAGGCCAGCGCACAGUCCUCCAUCCUCACCCCCACCCCGCCCGCCACCACAGAGGGGCCGGGCCGCAAGGUCAGUAACAACAAGCAUGUGGUCUUUCUGGAGCCAAUCAGAGAGCAGAAUGGCCGGCUUAGGGCGGAGCCCCCCAAGCUCCUCCAAUCGCAGCGAGGGGACACAGACUCCAUCAUCUCAGUGUUCUCAGACACACCCAUCGUGCCAUAGCACCCAACAGCCAUCACCUCCUCGUACUCCUCCUACUCCUCCUCACCCACCUCCUCCCCCCCCCCCCCGACCUCACCCACUCCUCCUCACUGCCUGCUGGGGAGGUCGCUGAGUUACUGAGCCUCAAAGCAGCACAGAGAGAUGGAGGGAAGGGAGGAGAGACUGGGAGGAGAGAGACAAGGAGCGAGAGAUGAGGAGACUCCUAGGUCAGGCGAUACAGGACCCUGGAGGUAUGCAGGAGAAGGUUGGUGCGAUCAGGUCAACGGGGGAAAACAGCCUCUAAACAACCAGACUCACAGCACAGAGCUCCUUUCUGCACAGCAUGACCCUUUAGACAGAUAUACAGUACACACACACACACACACACACACACACACACAGGUACAGUACAGCUACUGAUACAUCUAAUGUUACAGUACAGCUACAGCACAGCACUGCUAUAAUGACUGCUACAGCUACAGUACAGCUACAGCACAGCACUGCUAUAAUGACUGCUACAGCUACAGUCCAGCUACAGCACAGCACUGCUAUAAUGACUGCUACAGCUACAGUACAGCUACAGCACAGCUAUAAUGACUGCUACAGCUACAGUACAGCUACAGCACAGCACUGCUAUAAUGACUGCUACAGCUACAGUACAGCUACAGCACAGCACUGCUAUAAUGACUGCUACAGCUACAGUACAGCUACAGCACAGCACAGCUAUAGAGACUGCUACAGCUACAGUCCAGCUACAGCACAGCACAGCUAUAAUGACUGCUACAGCUACAGUCCAGCUACAGCACAGCACUGCUAUAGAGACUGCUACAGCUACAGUACUGAUGUAGCUACUGUCACAGUACAGCUACAUCACAGAUACAGUACUGCUCCCGCUCUGGCUAAAGCUACUGAUACAGCUAAUGCUAAAGAACUGCUAUAAUUACUGUAACAGUGAAGCUACUGAUACAGCUAAUGCUAAAGAACUGCUAUAAUUACUGUAACAGUGAAGCUACUGAUACAGCUAAUGCUAAAGAACUGCUAUAAUUACUGUAACAGUACAGCUACGGUACUGCUACAACCUAGCUUGGCCUGGACCAGGCUGACCACCACCAUCACCACCACGCACGCGCACACACACACACACACACACACACACACACACACACAUCAACAUUCUUGUCUGAAGAGCGGCAAGCCUUCAGCUCAUGCAACUUUGAAACCCCCCGUUUUCCCAGCUAGCGAGCUUGGCGGCGGUAGCGCCUGCACCGAGACAGCAGACCCCGGAAGCCUGGAGGAACGGCGCGGAGAAGCAGGGCUGACACAAUGGGAGGAAGCUCUUAGCGGGUAUAAAUAGACCAGGGAGAGAGCGUGAGCUGGGGGGCCCCCCCACCUGGACCCCCCGCUGGGUGGACAUACUUUGAUCGAACGUCUGAAACGUUAGUGAACGGAAUAAAAGCCUUUUGGGUAAUCGUGUGAAGCGCUGACGAGAUGGAGGAUGAAUUUGGACCUUGGUGCCAGAUUGAUCUCUCAUCUAAUUCAGGGGAGGGGGGGGAGGGUGCAGUGUUGUUUCAGGAUGGACACAGGGCGGUGUUUGUUGUUGACGUGUCGGCCAUGUUGGAUAUGAGCUGGAGCCCUUGAAUUAGAACUUUGUAUGCUGCACAUCUAGUAUGCUGCACAUCUACGCCAAUAGAUGUGACCUAUUGGAUACGGACUGUGUUGAACAAAGACUCACUGUAUGGAUGGAUGGGACAAUCUAAAAGGUCAAUUUUGUUUUUCUAUCCUCCUCAACACCCCCCCCCCUCCCCUGCUCGCACUGUCCCUCUGUCCCUUACGCUCACCCUCUCGAUUGAUGUCUUAAUAAAUCCUUCAACUUGGACUGUCUAGAACAA